CUUAGAAGACACAAUCAUAAUUUAUCGUUUCUUUAUUUUUUUCGAAUCUACAUCAUACCAAUUUUUCAGCAUGGAAGCAAUUAUCAUUUUGUAAAUAUAUUGUCAUCGCUUAUAUCUAAAAUUGUAGGAGUGCCCAACGCUCGAUACGAUAACUAGAUAACUAGACACCUUAUGAGCUUGUUUCCAAAGUGAACACCAUAGUGUUGUAUAUAAGGAUGACUAGAUAAAAGGUGUUGUUUUUCUAGUGCCCAUUUUUCUAAAUAAAUAAUAAACAAAAAAAAAAGAAGUAUGAUAAGGAUCUUCCUUCUUUCUUGGUGGAGGGUGGGGCUUAUACAAAGCAGGGUAGAGCCUGCUGGGUGUUUGCCUAGCUAGCUUCUUUCGAAAGAGUACUGGCAAGCUAACUAGUGUUAGUAAUAGUGAGAAGCAACCCAUCCCACUCUCACAAAGAGAAGAAAAGAAAAAAAGAGAGAGAAAGAAAGGGAAAGGGUAAGGCUCUUGUUCUUGUUCCUUGUGGUGUUGAAAUGGAAGAACAUGUGAGCCCAUUAGCCAUCACUCAUCUGCUUCAGCACACACUGAGGAGCUUGUGCAACCAUGAAACCUCUCACUGGGUUUAUGCUGUCUUCUGGAGGAUCUUGCCCAGAAAUUAUCCCCCUCCCAAAUGGGAUGGGCAAGGAGUGUAUGACCGGUCCAGAGGCAACAGGAGGAAUUGGAUAUUGGUGUGGGAAGAUGGGUUCUGCAAUUUUGCAGCAGCAGAGACCAUGAAUAAUGAAUGUCCAACCACCACCACCACCACCACUUCUUCUGCUUCUGGUUCUGGGUAUAAGUUGCAGCAGCAGCAGCACUAUCAUCAUCAUCAUCAUCAUCAAGGGCUGCAGCCUGAGCUCUUCUUCAAGAUGUCCCAUGAAAUCUACAACUAUGGAGAAGGAUUGAUAGGGAAAGUAGCAGCAGAUCACAGCCACAAGUGGGUAUUCAAAGAAGCAAAUGAGCAAGAGAUCAACUUCUUGUCUACAUGGCACAACUCAGCUGACUCUCAGCCAAGAACAUGGGAAGCCCAGUUCCAGUCUGGCAUAAAGACCAUAGCACUGAUUGGUGUCCGAGAAGGUGUUGUACAACUUGGUGCUGUCCACAAGGUGGUGGAGGACUUGAGGUACGUGGUAACGCUGAGGAAGAAGUUGAGCUACAUAGAGAGCAUUCCAGGAGUAUUACUGCCGCACCCUUCUUCUUCGUCUUCUUCUGCUUACCCGAUGCUGCCACCUCCGCCGCUACCUCACCAUUACGAAGCUGCUUAUUUCGGCGGAGGCGGCCCGGUCGUUCCACUGCCGCCGGCAGAUGAGUCAUUAUUCUACGUCGACGGCCAGCAGAUGAUGAUGAAUAGUAAUAGUAGGUCGUCGUACAAGAUAGCUCCUUCGAUGAGCAGCCUCCAAGCCUUGCUCUCCAAGCUCCCAUCCGUCGUCCCGCUCCCGCAGCCGCCCGACGAGGAAGAGGAGACACGUCAUCGAGAAUAAUGUGAUUAGAAAGUGGUUGAAGAUUAAUUAAUUAUGGAGAAAUGAUUGAAUGUUUGGAUUAGCGCGAGCUCAAAAUGGCGGCUUAUGGGGAUAACGGACAUGCAUGCAUUUGUGAUUUUAUCCUAGCCACCUAAUGAUUUUAUCGAUAUUGCGACAGUCGACACAAUAUCGAGCUGUCGAUGAAAGGGCAUUAGAAGCCACUAAGUGGGCAGCCCUGUUGUACAACCUCUGUGUAAAAGUACAAAUAAAGAAAUUAAAACACUCAGACGACAAACACAUCUCUUCCAAGAUCGCUCCACCUGUCGCAUGCGCCACAUCACGAGAUUGAAUCAUAAUCACACAUGAUUCGCACUGUUCCGGCAGAACAUCAUAAUCAAAAUAUGUAAUUUAU